AUGCGCUUACCUACCGAAAUCAUAAUUCAUAUCUUUCAGAAUUGUCUUUCAGAAUUCACAUACCCAUCAGCGCUUCAAGCUCCCCUCCUGUUGACUGGUGUAUGCCGGCGAUGGAGGGAAGUUGCUGUCAACAUGCCUAGUUUGUGGUGCAGGUUGUCUGUGAUGGUCGCCUUGUCAUCCAGCUGGAGGCCGCAAGCCUCUGGCUAUGACUUAUGGCUCAAGCGAUCACGAGGAUACCCGCUCUCGUUGGCUCUGUUCUGCAACAACCGUGACGCGAUCAAGAUGCAACGCCUUCUUCGGCCCUACGUCAAUCAAAUCUUGUCUCUCCGUCUCACAUUUUACGAAGGAACAACCCUACCCGAACUUUUGCUAGAUAACCUCCCUGCACUUCAGGAGCUAGCCAUACUACAAGGGGCACAUGACUCAAACGUUGAGGUUCUCGCUAUUGGGCAUUCUAUCCCGCGGGUGCCAUCCACUGUGCGCAGCCUGAAGAUCGUUGAUAGGUUUUUCCACACCGUACCCUUGACUUCUUUCGGUCCUGUGGCGGCACACCUCACAUAUCUCGAUAUCAGCACACUACGGUACCCCAGUGCAGUCCUGCAGCUGCUCCAUCUAUGCCCCAGCCUCGCCUCGUUAAAGAUUACCGUAACAUUCUAUUACGGUGAACCUUUAGUGUUCCGGCCAUUCACACACCCCAAAAUCCAAAUGUUCCACAUUUCACAUGGCUCUUUCGACGCACAGAAUUUAUCUGCGCUGGUCGAGGCUCUAUCGUUCCCCAGUUUGCGGGUGCUUGAAGAUCACCUCAUUGAUAUUGGCGGCCCACCGUGCCGGCGCCCUCAUAAGCAAUGGAAGGCAUUUUUGGCACGGUCAAAGUGUCCCCUGGAGACCUUGAUAUUUAGCGGUUGGAAGACGCCGACGGUGACAGAUGUGGAGGAAGCAGAAUACAUUGCGCUGAUUCCUUCCCUCGAAAUCCAAGUAGUGGACCCCAGUACUAUUUGAUCAGAUGUUAUAUAUUUCGGAGACAUUGGGUCUGGC